CGAUGCUCCAGCCCCCAAUGCCCACCGGCAGGGGACUGGAUGAGCAGUGUGCUGGCUACCCACUGGGUGCCAUGCCUUCAGCCCCGGUGGGCAGGAAAUGAAGCCCCACGCGUGCCCUGGUACAGGGUUGAGAAGUACAGACCCUUAAAGCUGAGCGAGAUCGUCGGCAACGCAGACACCGUGAGCCGGCUGGAGGUCUUUGCAAGAGAAGGGAAUGUGCCCAACAUCAUCAUUGCUGGCCCCCCCGGAACCGGGAAGACAACCAGCAUCCUGUGUCUGGCCCGGGCCUUGCUGGGCCCAGCGCUCAAGGAUGCCGUCCUGGAACUCAACGCGUCCAAUGACAGGGGCAUUGAUGUCGUGAGGAAUAAAAUCAAGAUGUUUGCCCAACAGAAAGUCACCCUUCCCAAGGGUCGGCAUAAGAUCAUCAUCCUGGAUGAAGCAGACAGCAUGACGGACGGCGCUCAGCAGGCCUUGCGGAGGACCAUGGAGAUCUACUCCAAGACCACUCGCUUCGCUCUCGCCUGCAACGCUUCCGAUAAGAUCAUCGAGCCCAUUCAGUCGCGGUGUGCGGUGCUGCGCUACACAAAGCUGACGGACGCGCAGGUGCUGGCGAGGCUGAUGAGCGUGAUCGGGAAGGAGAGCGUGCCCUACACGGACGAUGGCCUGGAGGCCAUCAUCUUCACCGCCCAGGGGGACAUGAGGCAGGCGUUGAACAACUUGCAGUCCACCUUCUCGGGGUUCGGUUUUAUUAACAGUGAGAACGUGUUCAAGGUCUGUGACGAGCCCCACCCGCUGCUGGUGAAGGAGAUGAUCCAGCACUGUGUGAGCGCUGACAUCGAUGAGGCCUACAAGAUCCUGGCUCACCUGUGGCAUCUUGGCUACUCGCCAGAGGACAUCAUUGGCAACCUCUUCCGAGUGUGCAAGACCUUCCAGAUGGCGGAGUACCUGAAGCUAGAGUUCAUUAAGGAAAUCGGAUACACCCACCUGAAGAUCGCAGAGGGUGUGAACUCCCUCCUGCAGAUGGCGGGGCUCCUGGCCAGGCUGUGUCAGAAGACCAUGGCCCCAGCGGCCAGUUAGAGCAGAGACUUCCCUGGAGGGGCUGCGGGGGACCUCCCUUCCUCCCUCCUCACAGUCUGUGGGGACAUUGCCUGGAGGGCCCCUCCUUUGAAGGACUAGCCGGCGCCUCUCCCACAACUCACAUGUCCACAGGGGUCCACAUCCCACCCCACACUUGGGCAGAGUUCCCUCAGAACCUAGAGGCCCGGAUGGGGACGUGGGUGUGCUGACCAUGUUUAAUAAAACUUUACAGUGA